CAGGUCGUUUCCUUCUCGUCAGUUCAGCCAUGAGUGCGUGCUGCUGCUGGUGGCACUUAUUCGCUUUCUGCCUUCCUUUUCAUUUCACUCAUUCAGAAAGUGUUUGACAGUCUGAGAAACAACUUAGCAGAUCGAAUAAAAAUGAAGUUUACAGGCUACAUGAGACUGCGCAUCAAGGAGGCAGUGGAUUUAAAACCCACGAGUUUAUCUACACGACACACGCGUUACAAGAAGACGAGCCAACUGGAUCCAUACAUCGUAGUCAAGGUGGACAAUUUUAAAGUGUGUCAGACAGCUAUUAAAGCCAAGACCAACCGACCCACCUAUAAUGAAGAAUUCUGCCCGUACGUAUGUGAGGGCAAAGUGCUGGAACUGGCUGUUUUUCACGAUACACCUAUCGGAUACGACGACUUUGUGGCAAAUUGUAACAUGCAGCUGGAGAGUUUGUUAUCUUCAUCCAGCAGCAGACAGACGUUUGAGGGAUGGGUUAACCUAGAACCAGAGGGCAAAAUCUACAUUUCCAUCUCUCUUGCAGGAACUUUCACUGAUGAUGGUGCCGGUAUUAACGGAUGGAGGACCCAUAAGCAAUUCAGCAGAAAACGUCAAAGAGCUUUAAAAAGGAAAGUGCACCAAGUCAAUGGACACAAGUUUAUGGCCACCUAUUUACGACAGCCUACAUUCUGCUGCCACUGCAAAAAUUUCAUCUGGGGUGUUUUUGGAAAACAAGGCUACCAGUGUCAAGUAUGCACCUGCGUAGUUCAUAAGAAAUGCCACCAUCUAGUUGUGAGUGAGUGUCCACGAGUAAAGAAAACACCCACUGAGGGGCUAAGUCAAGGUUUUGGCAUUAAUAUACCUCACCAAUUUAGAGUGCACAAUUAUAAAGUGCUCACUUACUGCAACCACUGUGGAUCACUCCUAUAUGGGCUGAUAAAACAGGGUCUCCAGUGCAAAGGCUGUAAGAUGAAUGUGCACAUUCGCUGCGAACCGAACGUAGCACCGAACUGUGGGGUAAACAGUGCAGAGCUGGCUAGCAAAUUGGCAGAGAUUGGGCUGGAGGCAGACAGACUUAGCAAACGCAUAAAACAGUUAAACAUGAAUUCAGUGAAAUCUCCACAUGCCAGUACUAAGAGAGAAGAGCAGCCUGUGGUCUCGGCGGAGGAGGAGGUAAAGGUGGGCCUUGAAGAUUUCACAUUCCUACGGGUCCUGGGGAAAGGCAGUUUUGGCAAGGUGCUGCUGGCUCGCUUGAACACUGAUGAUCAGGUAUUUGCAGUAAAAGUGCUCAAGAAAGAUGUCAUACUGCAGGAUGACGAUGUGGAAUCUACCAUGAUAGAAAAAAGAGUGUUGUCUUUGGCACGUCAUCACCCCUACCUAACCCACUUAUACUACUGCUUCCAAACUACUGACAGAUUGUUCUUCGUCAUGGAGUUUGUAAAUGGUGGAGACUUGAUGUUUCAUAUUCAGAAGUCUCGGCGGUUUGAGGAGGCCCGGGCCAGAUUCUACGCAGCUGAGAUCACCUCUGCUCUUAUUUUUCUUCACUUGAAAGGCAUUAUAUACAGGGAUCUGAAACUGGACAAUGUGCUUUUGGACAAGGAUGGUCACUGUAAACUGGCAGACUUUGGUAUGUGCAAAGAAGGGAUCACUAAAGGAGUUCUGACCGGCACGUUCUGUGGGACACCAGACUACAUUGCACCUGAAAUCCUCCAGGAGGAGCUAUAUGGAGUGUCUGUGGACUGGUGGGCUAUGGGUGUCCUGCUGUUUGAGAUGCUGUGUGGACAUGCACCGUUCGAGGCUGAAACAGAGGAUGAGUUAUUUGAGUGCAUCCUGAGAGAUGAGGUGAUCUACUCUUCCUGGCUCAGCAGUGAGGCAGAGGACAUCCUCAAAGGGUUCCUGCAGAGAGACCCUUCAUGCCGGCUGGGCUGUGUAGAGAGAAACGGAGGAGAGAAAGCCAUUACUGCUCAUCCAUUCUUCAAAGACAUUGACUGGGAAAAGCUGGAGAAGCGGGAGAUCGAUUCCCCUUUUAAACCUCGAAUAAAAUCGCCAGAAGAUGUUAACAAUUUCGACCCAGACUUCACCCAGGAGGAGCCCACACUUACCCCCAUAGAAGAGGCACUUAUUCCCCUUAACCAAGAUGACUUCAAAUACUUCUCUUACACAGCUCCUGAAUACCAGCAUGGAUAAAGUUCAAACUGCUGUACUGCAAUUUACUUAUUUAUAUAAAUAAUAUGAACAGUAUAUAAACAGCUGACAUAUGACAUAUUUACACAUGUUUUUUUUAUCCAAGAGUAACCCCUGUUUUACUCUGUA